AUGAUUAAACAACAGCAACCACAGCAACUUAAGGUGCAAACCAUUACAUACGCCAUAUAUGCAUAUAAUUCAAAGACGGCAGAACAAACGCAAAGGUUGAAAUAUGGAGAUUUGGAGAUAGUAUUGAAAAAUGACCGUUUCGAAUUCGUUUGCAAAGGUGGUGCAGUGAUAUCAAAUAUAAAAGAAAUUUUAUUUAUGAAUUCAAAAAUUAAAGGUAUAACGGAUGAUGUAACAUCAAUUCCACCAGAAGAACAAAGAUAUUACGCAUUAAAUGCAUUUCCUAAAGUUUUGAAGAUUGGAAGAUUUAAUUUAAAUGAGGAAUUCAUAAAAGGUUUCCUAAACGACAUAGAGAAGAAAGCGGAUAAGGAAAAUGUGGCUAGUGAAUUAAUGAAGAAGGCAAAUUUGGUUUAUGUGGAUGAAAAAGAUAAUGAAAUUAAAGAAAGGGUUGAAUGGUAUCAUGAAUGGACAUCGAAGAUUUUUAAAACUAAAGCUGAUACAGGAUGGGUUUCAGGAUGUUUAGACCUUAAAGCGGAUAAAACUUAUGUUAAUGAUGAGUUAGAGAAGAAAGCGGAUAAGGAAAAUGUUAACGAAAUAUACCAAAGUUUGAUAGGAACAACAAAAAAUAUUGAAACUAUUGUUGGUGACUUUUCUGUCAAUGAAGAAAAUAAAUAUUUUAGAUGGCAGUUUGUACAGUCCUUAAAAAAUGGUACACGGUGUAAACUCAUUCCGAAAAAUAACAAUGAAAUGUAUGUAAGUUAUAAAAAGAAUGAUGACACACAAGUUAAAGUUCCAUUAGACAACAACUGUUACUUAAACUUAUAUGGAGACGAACAAAAGAAAUAUUUAAGAGUUUAUGAAAUGACAGAUAUGACAUUGUCUAACCUAGCUCCAGCACCAUAUUAUUAUGACUAUGGAGAUGAUGUCAGAACACCACAUGUAGAUGAACAAAAGUUAACAUUAUAUUUAGAUUAUUAUAGAUAUAAAAGAUAUAAUGCAAUAGAAAAAACGAGAAUAGUAUAUUAUUAUACGGAUGACAAAAAUAAAUAUUAUAGUCAAGAUUUUACCCACCCUGAAAACAUAAGAUUAUAUUAUAAAAAAUAUUCUAACUCAAACCAGAAGAAACCGGAAAUAGUUGCACUAUAUUUUAAGUUCAAAAGAGACAAUCCUAUAAUAUCUCAUAUGUUUGAUUUAAUGAACCCAGUAGGUUCUAUUUAUACAUCUAUGGAUGCAAGAGGUCCUCAAGCAAUGUUUGGUGUUGGUGCAUGGGAACAAAUAGUCGACAGGUUUUUGUAUUGUGCAAACUCUUCAAAGGAAACAGGUGGAAGUAAAACGAUUACAGGUGAAAAUUUACCUGCACACAGUCACUACAUAGAUUUAAGCACAUCACAAGCAGGUUGGCAUAAGCAUAGAUAUUGGGAUUGGUCAGGAAUGACAAAAGGUAAAGGAUAUGAUGUUAAAGACGACGUUAAGUUUGCUAUAAAUUGUUACUGGAGUGACACUCAGGGAGAAGGAAACCAUACACAUUUCGUUUCAGGAUAUACACAAACAACGGGACAAAGUAAAGAAUACAUGCCAUCUUACAUGACAGUUUACGCAUGGUAUAGAGUUCAAUGA